GAGAUUUGAUUUCCGACUCUCUCGCCGAGCCUUGCGAAACAACGCAGGACAGGGGACAAACAAAGGAGCCUGUGGGACGGGAGUGGGGAGCUCCUGGUGAUCUGGGCACUUUCUCCUUCAUGUCACUGACCUGCCAGGAGCCGCUUUAGGACAUGGAUCCCAAAGCAGCAAGAGGUACCAGGAAGCGCCGCUGAUCUGCACAGACCCCUUUGCCUGCUGCUGCCCCACAGGGAACAGCCAGGGGCCACAUCCCACUGCCUGCCCAGCAUCCAUCCAUGGAGGUGACCACUGUGUCCUCCCCUGCCAUCUCAUCCACUGAAGGAGAUGAUCUGUGUGAGACAGAUGUCACCAGUGUGGCCAUGCACAGUGUGACACUGCUCAUCUGCCUCUCUGGGCUGGCUGGGAACGGGGCUGUCAAGGUCCUCGGGUUCUGCACCCAGAGGGACACCAUGAAACCCAUCACUGCCUACAUCCUUGACCUGGCCAUCAUCAACUUCCUCUUCCUCAUCCUCAUGGUCCCCUCCACUCUGCUCUUCCUGCUGGAGGAUUUGUCCUGCUCUGCCAUCCUGUCCCCAGCAUACACAAGCUUCCUUUUCCUCCUCUUUGUGAUGUUCUACAGCGUAGGGCUGUACCGGCUGACAGCCAUCAGCGUUGAGAGGUGCAGGUCCAUGCUCUGCCCACGUGGGCUCUUCUGCCACCUUCCCCAGGACCGGUCAUGGGUGGUGGUGAGUGCCGGGCUCUGGGCCCUUUCCAUCACUGUCAUUGCUGCCAUUUCUGCAGCGACUUCCCUGUGCAAGUCACAGGAACACACUCUGGGGGGGGCUCUCAUCUCCCUGUACAUCCUCAGCUUCCUCGUCUUUGCUCCGUCCGUGGUCAUUUCCAGCACAAUCCUCUUCAUUCAUUUCAAGGGAAGCUCCCAGCAGCAGCGAUCCAAGAAUCUUGACAUCAUUGUCUUCCUCGCUGUGCUUCUCACUCUCCCCCUCAGUCUCUGGAAUUUCCUGCAGCAGCUCGGCUACACCGCUGUGUCCCCCCAGGUUGUUCUCCUGUUUGCCUGCAUGCACAGCAGCAUCAACCCCUUCAUCUACUUCUCAGUAACAAAGUGCUGGAGGCGCUGCUCCAUGGAGUCCCUCAGGGAGUGCCUGCAGGAGGUCUCUGAGGAGCCAGAAGAAAGCACUGUCCCCAGUAAUGACACCACCAGGGACAUUGCCCUGGCUCCAGCCACGUUUAUCAUCCUGUGUUCCCCUGAGGAGCACACUGGAGCUGGGCUUUCCUCCUCCCUCCUGGGUCCUAGAAACAUUUGGCCAGGAGGAGCAGGGACACUGCUGGGGUCCCUGGUGAAGCCAGGGAAGGAGUGA